AUGGCGCAGUGCCAUCGAAAACAGUGCCAGCGACAACGCAACGGAGAUCGCGCGUCUGAGCCCGCCGGAAGAUUAACGACAAUAAGCCAUUAAUAGCCCCCCUGAUCCGGAAUAAUGGCCCCCCCGAUCAUGGGCAGGAAUGGAGUGAUCCUGCUUUUCGCCUCUUUAAUAAUUAUCCUGGAAAUUUUCACCCCGGUGGAUGGCAAUCUGUGGACGAGGCACAAUAGCAAUGCAUAUCAAACGAGGAGGCGAUCAGGUCCAAGUAACCAGUGUCCCAAGGUUGGCGCUAUAAAGAACUUUGAUUUGGAACGGAUGAUGGGCUGCUGGCACGUGGUUCAGUAUUAUGCUUCCACGGAGGAGCUGCCCGAAUACGCUUGCAUGCGCAGUCACUUUUCCUUCUCCAAGGAAGAUCAACAUAUAACGAUGAACUUUAGCUAUAUAUUCGCGGAGGAUCCGUUGCGUGAAAAGCUUGUAGGCAACAUCACCUGGAUGAUACCCAAGUUCGAUGAGCCAGGACAUUGGCAGCACACGGAGGAUAUAUAUGAGGGCAUCUACAACACGUACGUCCUGGACACGGAUUACGACACCUGGGGCCUGGUGAUGCACUGCGCCGAGAAGAAGAAGCAGCCGCGCUACCUGUCCGCCCUGCUUUUGGCCCGGAAACCGGCUCUGGCCGACAACGAGAUUAGCUUCCUGCGCGGCAAGUUGCCGCAGGACAUCGACGCAUCCUUUAUGUUCGACAUCGGACAGGAGUCCUGCGACCACCUGAUGGAAUCGAGUCGCGACGAUCCGCUGGCCUAUGUGGUGAACGGUCGCCAGAAUGCCAAGGAAAUAUUCAAGAUUGUCAAUAAGCUGUGAUUGUGAAACUAUCCACACAACUAAAGACGUAUUAAUAUGUGUACUAUUUCAAUAAACUUUUCAAUAAAUGAUUAUU